CUUUCGCCGAAUGACGCGCUCCUCCUUGUUCCCACAGAGGAACAAUUUCCCCAUCUCACUUAGUCAUUCUCAUGUCGCGACAAAGAAGCAACAAAGACGUUAUUUUCGGCAUGUCAAGUGGGUAAGAAAAAAAAAGUUUUUACGUGAACUUUGUUUUAAUAAUACUAGUCAUGAAGACGUCGCAGCUGCGCGUCAUCGCCUCUCUGUGGACUUUUCUUCAGUUCAGCGCACUUUUAAAGGGCUCCCAUGGAAACCGUAAAGAUCAGCUAUGUGACAGCAAUGAAACAAUAAGUUUAAUAACAACUACAACAACGGUCACACUCGCCUCGCCUUCCAGUUGCAUUCUAUCGGUUGGGAACAUCUCUGGAAAUGGUUCACUCAUUGGGUUAACUCCUGGAGCCAUUUAUCAUGUCUUCCUCAACUGUUCCAACUGCUGUCAAGAGGUCACAAUGAAGCCUCAUAAAGCCAGCCUUCUUGAAGUCGGCCAGGUCACGACAUCCUCAAUAAAGGUGAGCUGGAGCAAACCAGAAGGAAACUACUCGUUCUACAUGGUACAAUGGACUGAUGGAAAAGUUGCCAAUCAAGAAAAUGUGACUCAAACAUGGAUAAAUAUAACUGAAUUGUCUGCUGGGACCAUGCACAAUGUAAGUGUAACUACAGUGGCAGAUGACAAAGUGACUGAAGGCGAUACUGCAGCUGUGUCCCAAUACACAAAACCAGGCAUCAUUCGCGAACUCUCUGCUUCUGCAAAUACAUCCGCAAUAUCUCUGAAAUGGAAACCACCUCACGGUGAGGUGUUCUUAUAUGAGAUUAAGUGGCACAACGAAGGAUCGCAGUUCAAAAACACAAAUGAUGACUUCACUGUGCUAUCAGACUUGGCCUCUGGUACAUCAUACACAGUCACAAUUGUUUGCAUUGCUGGAGACAACCAAACGGAGGGAGAACCUUACAUAUUUGCCCAAGUCACGAGGCCUGAGAGGCCUGAAAAUAUUACAGUUACUCCAGGGACUGACUACCUGACAAUUAACUGGACCUUACCCCAAGGGAGAGCUGAUUUCUAUGAGGUGAACAUCUCCAAAACCAAUCCGUUAUAUUCCUCCAGCAAAAAUACAACAGUCACCACAGCCCAUUUUUACGAUUUGGAUCCGGGGAGAGUUUUUCUCGUCACAGUCACCGCUGUCGCUGGAAAUCUAGGCAACACAGCCGACCAGAUUGCAUUCGCUACCAUUCCAACACCACCUGGUUCACUCAAUAUCACGCAAAGUACAAAUUCUUCACUUCACCUUCGAUGGGAGACUCCCGCCAACAUGGAGCGUUCUCCCUUUAUCAGUUACCAUAUUACCUACGAAAGACCAGAUGGUGAAAUGCAGACCACUAACACCACCGAUAACAGCGUGGUGCUGUCACAGCUCUCUUCUGGAACAUUGUACAACACAACCGUGUACACAAUUGGACCCCAUAAAUUGAGGAGCUCUGCUGUGCAUAUAUCAGGAUACACCUUGCCCAACCCUGUGUUACACCUUGUGGCCAGUCCUUUCAAUACAACCUCAAUAAAUGUAACAUGGUCCAACCCAUAUGGAGUGCAGACAUCUUAUAAAUACUUGGUUCAAACCUACAACUCUACUGGAACACUUUUGGAUGAACAAACAGUCAUUGAUAACAACACCGAUGUACAUGGUCUGGAACCUGGAACUAAGUACCAUGUUACCGUUACCACAUUAGCAGGAGAAAGUAAAUCCAAGAGAGAGCAGACGUUCACUUACACAUUGCCUAAAGCUGUGACUAAACUCAAAGUUCAGGAUUAUAACACAACAACCAUCCAGUUGAUAUGGUCCAGAUCAAGUGACUACAAGGAUACUUAUAGCUAUCUGCUGAAUGCAUUCCAGGAUGAAACAGUGGUUCAGAAUGGGACAACUAAAAGACAAACUUAUACCUUCUUCAAUCUGAUCCCUGGAACUCUUUACAGUUUUGAUGUGGUCACAGUUUUAGAGGGGCUGACGUCGACAUCGGAAUACACAUCACAUUACACAAAACCUGAGGUAGUUUCAGACAUCAGGGUCAUAGGGACAACAACUAAUAUGUCUGUCUUUUGGACUGCUCCAAUGGGCCACGUGGACUCCUACAUUGUACACCUGUUGAACAAAGACUCAGAAUCUGAAAGUUCAAAAGAGGUUCUGAGUAACUCAACUCUUAGCACAUUAUUUACAAAUCUGAAGCCAGGGAUGCUUUAUUGUGUGGUGGUGAUAAGCAAAAGUGGACCUUUCCUGAGUGACAAUUCAACUUACUGCAACGCAACUUUUCCAAACCCUCCUGGGCCCAUAAGCGUUGCCUUCCAGACUGUCAGCUCCAUUAAUUUCACUUGGCACCAACCAGAUGAUUUGGAUCAAAAUCAAUGCAACUACAGUGUCGAUGGCCACUCCAUAACCCCAAAUAAUUGGUUUGUUAUGAACAAGCUCAAUUCUGGUAGCCCGUACUCUAUUUCUGUUGCAACAAUUGGUGUGAUGGGCUAUAAAAGCACGGCGGUAACAGCAACGUUUUAUACAAGACCAUUUUCGGUGACCAUGCUGAAAGCGGCAGAAAUUACCACAAAUGCUGUCAUGUUGGUGUGGCAACAACUAGAAAUUAAGCUUAACUACUCAUACUUGGUGCAUGUCACCAACGGAUCAUUUCAAUCAGACGAAAGGGUCUUCACAACAUUGUAUGCCGAUGUCUCCGGCCUUCUCUCUGGCAACAACUACACCUUCAGCGUCACCACACAAGCAGCAGAUGGCACUCUGGCAGCUCCACAGAUCAAAUCCUUCUUUACACGACCACAUGAGAUUAAUGAAUUUAAGGCGCUCACCUUAAACUCAACUGCAAUACAACUGAAUUGGAAGGAAGUGCUGCAACACAAACCUGAGUACACCUAUUGGGUUGAGACAACUGGUUGUGGCUUCCAAAACCAAACUGUGACAAAGGAAGUUGCAGUGAUUUCAAAGCUCCAACCUGGGACACUGUGUACUUUCUGUAUUUCUGUCCAAGCAGGGGAUGGCAUAAAAGGGGGAAAACGCUGCAUUUCCCAGUACACAAUGCCUGAGGCAGUGCAACUCGGGAUCUCCAGUCAAGGCUCUAAUAUGUCAGUCCUGGUGUCCUGGAUUAUUCCACAGGGGAAUAUUGGGUCAUAUAGUGUUCACCUCAACAGCUCUUCUACUAAUCGGUCACAGCCAGUGGAGGCUACCAAUAACUCCUUGCUUUUCGAGGGGCUGUCUGCUGGUAGUCUCUACAGCGCCAAGGUCGUAUCCCAUUCUGGACCAUUCAAUGUGUCAUCGGAAUUUGUUACAAAUGCUACCUUUCCAAACCGACCUGGGCCUAUUGAGAUCCUCACAAAGUCGACAAACUCAAUAGAAGCAAGGUGGACAGAUGCCCCCUUGAUGAAUGGUACAUCAUUCUUCUAUCAGCUAACACGAGCACCAUCGGAGGAAAGUGGAUACAUCAAUACCACCAACUCCAGUCAUACCUUUGACAACUUGCUCUCUGGGACUCCCUACAACAUUUCUGUAACAACAAUUGGGGUCUUGGGUUUUAGGAGUGAAGUGAUCCAUGCCUAUUUGGUCACCACAAAACCCUUGCAUGUGCAGUUUCUCAACUCUUCUGCAAAGGAGGAUAAUAUAACAGUCACAUGGUUUCAACCUGAUGAAUACAAGGAAAGCUACGUUUACAAUUUGACCUGGCAAAGCUCAGACUUGCCUAUCAAUGACAGUAUUGUGACUGACCAAACAAUGCAUACUAUCAAGAACCUGGUCCCUGGCAGUAGGUAUAACUUUUCUGUUGUCUCUGAGACUAAGGAUGGAACUCAGAGUGCUCCCAGAAGGAUUUCCACCUGCACGGGUGCAAGCCCGGUGAGAAAUACAACAUGUGAAGGUCCAGAUAUUCCAAAUGCAGAAAUUGUCUUGUCCUGGACUAAGCCCAUGGGGCAAUUUCAUGACAUUCGCAUCACUAUUAAUAAUGCGGAAAUUGGGACAAGCACCUGUAACCAAAGCUGUAGCCAGACCAUCUCCAACCUAAGUCACUACACUUCAUACAACAUAAUGAUGGAGACACUGAGCUGUGGAGAGCCUUCUAUUCCAGUGUCUCUACACUGCAGGACUGGCAUCACAGACCCACCGAUUCCAGCAAACUAUGAGUCGCUAACUAUUGUGAACGAGAAAGUAUACAACAAAUUCACAAUUCUAAUCAAUUCCAGCCUGAUAGUUGAAACCAGUGGGCCAGUCACUCAUUUUGGUGUGUUGGUGGCGGAAAACAUAAAAGAAUCUGACAUGGCUAAUACAACCAGGUUCUUGGGAAACACAUAUCAACAGUGGAUUGACAAACAAACUCCAGUAUACCUGGCAACCAUCAAGAAGAUAAAUGGUCAAUCGCGCAGUCAAGAGAACAUGUUGUCUGUGAUUAUUGGAGAUGGUUCAGAAUGGGAGGGCUAUACCAAUGGACCCCUUCAUGCCAACCGAAGAUACCAGUAUGCCAUCGUAUUAUUCACUAGAUUGUUUCUGCAAGACAACCUAAUUAAGUCUUAUGCAUCAAAGGCCUCAAUCACAAAUUUCUAUCCAAUGCUAAAUCUCCCCCAAGACCCAGUUGUCAUCAGUGUCGCUGUCGGAGCAACACUUGGGAUUUUUAGCAUCCUCUUCAUCAUUCUCAUUGGCUUCAUUGUUUACUGGAAAAGGUUAUCCAAAAAAGAAUCCUCAGACAUCCAGAUUCAUUCCUUGAGAGGCAAAGCAAAUGCAGCAGUGAGGGUGGAGGACUAUGAAGUUUACUACAUGAAGCAGAAGGCGGACUCCAACUGUGGUUUCGCAGAGGAAUUUGAGGACCUAAGGCUGGUUGGUACAUCUCAGUCAAAAGCAUGUGCCCUUAUGCAAGAGAACAAAGCCAAGAAUCGCUACAACAAUGUACUUCCCUAUGAUUCCUCUCGAGUGAAACUCUCUAUCAUUCAUGGAAAUCCAUUUGAUGACUACAUCAAUGCUAACUACAUGCCGGGUUACAACUCCAAAAAGGAGUUCAUCGCAGCCCAGGGUCCUCUGCCCGGCACUGUCAAGGAUUUUUGGAGGAUGAUAUGGGAGAAGAAUGUGCACACCCUGGUCAUGCUUACACGCUGUAAUGAGCAAGGCAGAGUCAAAUGUGAGCAGUACUGGCAUUCAAGCACCAAGCACUAUGAAUACAUCCGCGUUACAACAACCUCUGAAAUACCCCUUGAUGAUUGGACCAUUCGGGACUUCGAAAUUAAAAAUGUGAAAACAGCAGAGACUCGUUCAAUUCGCCAAUUCCACUUCACAGCCUGGCCCGACCACGGGGUACCGGAAACUACAGAGCUUCUAAUCAGCUUCAGACACCUGGUCAGAGAACAUAUGGACCAAUAUUCCACCAACUCCCCCACUGUGGUGCACUGCAGUGCUGGGGUGGGCCGCACUGGAACCUUCAUAGCCAUUGAUCGUCUCAUCUUCCAAAUUGAAAGGGAAAAUGUAGUGGAUGUUUUUGGUGUUGUCCAUGAGCUGCGCAUGCACCGCCCACUCAUGGUCCAAACAGAGGACCAGUAUGUGAUCUUGAACCAAUGUGCAAUGGACAUAAUCCGAUCAAGAACUGGAACUAAUGUGGAUCUAAUCUAUCAAAACACCGCCGCACUCUCCAUUUAUGAGAAUGUGGAACCCAGAAAAGGUUAUUAUAAACACGGCUGCCACAAUACUUAAGCCAGUUUGAAGCACUCAGGUCUUCGACUUCAUUUUUAAUUUUUAUAGCAAAGAAAAGGGAGUGCUUUUCUAAAACAUCUCUUGACAAAUUCAUGUUUUAGGAAUCUUUUGAAUCAAAAACUUAUAUUGUUUUCUACCUUGUAAAUUGUUAAAUAUUAAGAUAUUGUUGAAUACCAUAUAGUAAACAUGUAUGGUAGUUUCCCAAAGCAUAUUUGGAUUGUGUAGCUGUCUACUGUAAUUAUGCUGGCCUAAUACUGUAUAUGAUUGGCUCAGGUUUAUGGGCGUUAUUAUUGCUGACACUUGUAAAGUGUAAAGAGAAAUUGUCUUAAAAUGAACUGUUGGUCCUGUGAAACCAGCGGAUGGCACUCAAGUGAAACCCAUAUUGCAAGAGCGCUAUAAUUAUUGACCAAUGUAAAUAGAACUGAAUAAUAUGACAGAUUAUUAUGGCUUUGCACAUUUUAUGUUACUUUAAACUAUGUAAUGAGUAGGUAUUUUAUAUGUUUUUUUUUUUUUGUAUAGUGUGUAUUGUGUAUUUUUAUGCACUGAGGUGAACAAUGCACUGGAUGCAUUUAUGUUUCUCUUCUAAACAUUUGUGAGUAAAGAAGCAGGUUUUAUUAGAUGUAUCAUUUGGCCAGUUUGGAACAGUCAUCAUUAUGUAUUAUGCGGUCACAACUAUCUUUGAAUGGCAUUCCCCCAUGUCAAUUCCUGCUGAGAAUAUUGUCAGAGACAUGAACAUUUUUCUAAUUUUGUCUGUACAUUUAAAAAUGACGUUUUUUUUUUAAAUAAUGAGACUGAUAUAUUCUUUGAAAACAUUAUUUAAAACCCAGUGUUAUACUGUUGUCAGAAGCACUUUAAGAAAAUCAGGAAGUGCAUACGCUGGAUGGAAAAAAA